GGCCCCGGCCCCCAGGAGGAGGCGCUGACGCAGCAGCGUGGAGCCCGGGAAUUGAGCGCCCCCGGGGGGUUCCAGCCGCCGGAUUCCAGCCCGGCCAGGGCCUGCGGGCGCCCAAAGCCGCGCCGUCCGCGCCGUUCGUCCCGCUUGGAGGGAUUCCAUGACACACACUCGGAGGAAGUCCCUUCCUAUGCUGAGUUCCGGCCCUACAGGCCGAGGGGAGCCCCUGCAGAUGGAAGACAGCAAUAUGGAGCAGGGGGCUGAAGACGUGGAGCCAGGCAUGCCUGCAAGCCCUGGGCACCUUACAGGACGCCGCAAGAACUACCCAUUGCGCAAACGUUCACUGGUCCCAGAGAAGCCCAAAGCCUGCAAAGUGCUGCUGACUCGCCUGGAGAAUGUGGCUGGUCCACGGAGUGCAGAUGAGGCCGAUGAGCUGCCCCCCGACCUGCCCAAGGCCCCUAGUCCAACCCCAUCCAGUGAGGAUGCUGGUCUUAUGCAGCCCCGCAAGCGGCGCCUUGCCUCCCUGAAUGCAGAGGCCCUUAAUAAUCUGCUGCUGGAGAGGGAGGACACCAGCAGCCUGGCAGGUGCCCGCCGAAGCAGAGGUGUGGACCCUCACCGUAGCCGGGACCGGGCCACAGGGUCCUGGUCUUUCUCUAAGAAGCGACCUCGGCUGGGAGAUCUUGGAGAAGGAAGUAGGGACCUGUCCCCAGAGCUAGCCCCAGAUGAAGGUGCCCGUCGAGAUGGAGACCCAGCUCCCAAGAGACUGGCUAGCCUAAACGCUGCUGCCUUCUUAAAACUCAGCCAGGAGCGGGAGCUACCUCUUCGACCUUCCCGUGCCCAAGCAGAAGCAGAUGGGCGCUCCACUGAGCCCCUGGCACCCAAGACCCUGCGGCCAAAAGUCAAUGGCAAGAACUGUCCCAAGGCUCGGCAAGGGGCUGGCUCUGGGGAGGCUACAGGGCCCCCCAACUGGCAAGAGCAGCCUGAUGAGCGUUGGCCAUCUGCUCCUCCUUGUGGGCCACCCAUCCAGCCAUCUCACCAGGCCCCAGGCAAGGCUUUGGAGAACCCCUUGCGCCCCAACCUGCCUCUGCUGAUGGGUGGGCAGGCAGCCCUGAAGCCAGAGCCUGGUCGUCCAGGCGAGGAGUCACCUGCCCCCAAGCAGGAACUACAUCAGCCCUCCUUCCCUGCACCUCAGCUGUCUCCGCUGCCGAUGCCAGGCAACCCAGCCGACUAUAGUGGUCCAUGUGGAGGGCCUGAGCUCACUGCACUGGGCAGCUUCUACCUGUACUGUGGCCAAGAUGGGCUGCAAUGUGGGGGUUACUCCCCUUGCCCCAUGCUCCCAGAAGGCAAGCUGUCUCCGGUGGCAGCCCCCAAUGAGGGGCUGCUCAUGGCCCCAAGCUCAGUGCCCUCCACUGCCCCUUUCCAGCACCCUCCUUGGAGUGUAUCUCGCUACUGCUCCGGUGAGGACACUGGAGCGAAUGGCUACAGUGUCUGUGGAGUGUUGCCUCUGUCUCUCACACACAUUGGCACUACCUGUGGUGGCUGCCCCUACAAAAUGCCUUUUACCGCAGAAGGCUGCAGGUCGCUCGGCCAAUUGGAAUUUCCUCUCCCAGAAGCUGGCCACCCAGCCUCACCUGCUCACCCCCUCCUGGGAUGCCCUGUACCCAGUGUGCCACCUGCAGCAGAGCCUAUCCCCCAUCUUCAAACACCCAUCUCGGAGCCCCAGACAGUAGCCCGGGCGUGCCCUCAGAGUGCCAAGCCUCCGAGCGGCUCCAAGUCAGGUCUACGCACAGGCUCCAGCUGCCGGCACACUGUGAGAAGCAAGGCUGCCCGCAGGCCCAGCCACCCCAAGCAGCCUCGUGCCCAGCGCCCACGUCCUCGCCGCCGCCGGCGCCGCCGCACUAAUGGCUGGGUACCUGUAGGUGCUGCCUGUGAGAAGGCAGUGUAUGUCCUGGAUGAGCCGGAACCUGCCAUCCGAAAGAGUUACCAGGCAGUCGAGCGGCAUGGAGAGACCAUCCGAGUCCGAGACACUGUCCUCCUCAAGUCAGGCCCAAGAAAGACAUCUACACCUUAUGUGGCCAAGAUCUCUGCCCUCUGGGAGAACCCUGAGUCAGGAGAACUGAUGAUGAGCCUCCUGUGGUAUUACAGGCCUGAGCACUUACAGGGAGGCCGCAGCCCCAGCAUGCAUGAGCCUUUGCAGAAUGAAGUUUUUGCAUCAAGACAUCAGGACCAGAACAGUGUGGCCUGCAUUGAAGAGAAGUGCUAUGUGCUAACCUUUGCUGAGUACUGCAGAUUCUGUGCCAUGGCCAAGCGCCGGGGCGAGGGCCUUCCCAGCCGGAAGACAGCACUGGUGCCCCCAUCCGCAGACUACUCCACCCCACCACACCGCACAGUGCCGGAGGACACGGACCCUGAGCUGGUGUUCCUUUGCCGCCAUGUCUAUGACUUCCGCCAUGGCCGCAUCCUCAAGAACCCCCAGUAGCCUCUUCAUGCUCACAGUGGGGCUGCCUUCGGGAGAAUGGGGCCUGGGGCAGGGGCCACUGUUUGAAGCACAGCACUUGGUUAAGGGAUCAUGGGUUGCUGGCCUGUGGUUCUCUUUGGGGGGAGGGAGGGCAGGGGCCCUAUGGAUUCUGGGCCCCUUGGGAGAAAGGGAGGCCAGGAUAUGAGCAAGGUAUCUAAACCCUCAACUUGGCCUGGGGUGCCCAUCUGUGCACCCCAGGGUGGAGACUCCCGAAGAUUCAGUCUUCCCUGAGGUUGGGCCACACCUGAGGGACAUGGCCAAGGAAGGGCAGGGACGAGUAGAAGGGGUAAGGUCCUUCCAGAACCAGGCCUACCAGGCCCUUUUCUAGCUUCCCCCAGGCCUUCCAAGGGGAGCAAGAGCCAGCUUUACCUCACCCACUGUGACCCGCCGCUCCCCUGUCAGCCUGGGACCAGGCUCUGCAGAUUCUAGCACAGCUCUGGCUUGUUCAGUGAGUCAAGAGAGCCGAGCUUUGACUUCCUCUUCCUGGACUCGAGGCUUUUCCCUGGCUUGCUUUCUUUACCGCUGCAGUAGCCACUGGUGCUGGCACAAGUUGACCCUGCCGACCCAUGGGUGUCAGCCUCAUGUCAGCUUGCCAUUAAGGGUCACCCAGCAGGUCUGGCUUCCCAGAAUACUGGUCAACAUGGAGUUUAUCAUGUCUGGAAGAGCAGAUAGUGCUGGGAGAGAGGGUGGGGGCAGGGGACAAGGAAAAUUGCUACCUGAUUUGCUGAAGAUUUUUCCUCUUGCCUUAUUCUUGGAGGUUCUGGGAAACCUCUUGCAGAACUUCACACAACUCUUCAAGCCACACCCACCUGAAAUCAAACCAAAGGAGUGUCGUGGCUCCUCUUGCUCUGCCACCCCUUACCCUAGUCUUUUGUAGAUUGCACUAAUUUACACCCCAGUGAGAAUCAACACUGUAUCAGUCCACAGACCUGAGCUGCAGCCACUUCCUCUAGGAGCUAGGUCCUGCAUUUUCAGUUCGUUCCUGUUGCCCAGAGAUUGUUCUAGCCUCAUGCUCCCCACCAGUGAUUGAUCAGAAGGCUCAGUCCCCUGUUGGCCUGGGCUGAGGGGCUGAAGCCUGGUUAUUUGUACCUUGUUUGUACCAAAGAGGAGCAUGGGAUUGGGGAGAGUGCAGUGCAGGGAAGUGUGUGGUUUGGGCCCAGUGCUGGCUGCCUGCCACCCUGGCACUUCUACAAGGGUGUGUUCCAGGGGCAUCCACUGUGGAAGAUGGCACUGGGUCCUCCCUAGAGAAGGGAGACACGGGUCCAGCAGUCUGGAGUGAGGAUAGUCUGACACAGGCUGCAUUGGGAGGUGGAAGUGAACCGUGAAGGCAAAGACCUGGCAACCCCAGGUCCAGGCCCUGAUUCUUAGAAGAUAAAUUGCUCCUGAUGGGUGAUUGGGCUGGGUGAGACCUGAAGGCUUCACAGGUUAAUUUUUGUUGUUGUUUUGGAAGCCCUGUCCUAAACCCAAAGGGAAGACUUCACAUUAAAUAAGCUCUUUGGAGGAAGGCAUAACUAACUUGUCAAGAGUGGAGAUGGACCCCUUUGGAGCCUGCUUGUUCUAGGGUGCUGCCAAGGAGCCCAGCCUCACCUACAGGAGAGGAGAUAAGGCCCUCCUAGUAGGGAAGGGGCUGCUGCCCAGAUGUUAAAUGCUUUUGGAAUCUCUUUAGAUGUGGAAAUAUUUUUUCGAACAUGAAAAUGCAGCUGGUAGAAUUUCAAUGGAAGUAUAAUCCAUGUAAAAUAUAUUUUAGUUGAUAUUUUGUAAAAUGCACUUUUUGUGUGUGUCGAUCCUGGUUUCCCAGAUCUGUAUUUCAGUGUUUACAAGGGAGGGGGUACCUUUCCUAACCUCCCUUUUGACAGAGAUUAGAAGUACUUCUUUAAGAAAAAUAAAUAAAUUUGAGAAAUUGUAUUGAUUUAGAAAAUAA